CUUUGAAAAGAUCAAUGCUAAACGCAUUAUUUAUCACAUCCUUUCAGUUCAUAUAAUUGAUCUUUCUUCAUUUCCACUGAAAAGCCUGAAAAAUUUCAAAAUGUAAAUGAUGCUAUAAUUAUACUCCACGGGGUAUAAAUAGAUCAUUAAUAGAUAAAUACAGAAACAUUACUAUGUUGGAUCCCCUUCAGGAUGCGUUUGACUGAAAAAUUUCAAAAUGUAAAUGCUGCUAUACUUAUGCAAUAAUUGAAAAUCGCUUGCUCGAUUGUCUCAUGUCGAAUAUUAGAGCACCUUUGAAAAGAUCAAUAUCAAACGCAUUAUUUAUCACAUCCUUCCACCCCAUACAAUUCAUCUGUCUUCAUUUCCCCUGAAAAGCCUGAAAAAUUCCAAAAUGUAAAUGACGCUAUAUUUAUACUCUGCAGCGUAUAAAUAGAUCAUUAAGCUCUCGUCCAAGUAUUCCGACGGUGUCUGACAAUUUCGUCCAUCAAUGUACCUGUCGUCGGACCAACGGCCACCUGGAUUCCGGUUGAUACGCGCGGCGCUAGUGGGGCUCGUGGCUGCGUAUUUUAAGCGCAGACUCGCGGCUUUUCGCUCAGUCCACGCCUACCACCUUCAACCCCCUUGGGGGAGGGAGGGGUAGGUGUAGGGGUACGAGAAGCACCCCGGUCGCGGAGAGGAGAGCGAAGGUGGGCGUAAAGAGCGAGACGGACGGAGAGGGGCGAACGGAGAGAGCGAGGCGGAAGCUGAACGCGAGGGUAGGACGUACCCCCCGUGAGUCUGUAUGACGUCACGGGGGUCGAAUCAAUAUCACGGAACCGUCCCUCCGCCGGUCCUCGACUGCGAGAAAGACACUGACAGUUCAGUACGGGGUGGCCUCCACGACCGUUAAGGACGCUAAGGGCACGUCGUUCUGACGAGGACGACGACGACGACAAGGUUGAACGAUCACGGUUAUCGUUCGCCCGUUCGCUCGUCGCCCGCGAUUUUUUUCACCGCCACGCUUUCCCGGCCUCGACUCCCGAAUCUCCUUCUCUCGUUUUGUUUCGCUGCCGCUCGAUCGGUUCGUAUCCCCGAACAAGAGUAACAGGAAGUGAUUCCUCCGAGAAAUGGUUCGCGCGCGAAAGUGAUCGCCGAGGGCCACCGCGUAUGCCGCGUGAACACCGAACCGUCUCGAGACACGUGUGAGUGGGUGGAAAGAAGCUCGAGGAGACCGGAAACGUCCGGCGGGUCGACGGGGUGAAGGACCGCACUGACCCCCGCGAUCGGUAUUAAGAAGCGUGGGCGAAGGAGAAAAUCGAGGAGGAAGCAAAGGUAGCAGCAGGCUCGGUGAGUUGGGUGAAAAUCGAUGGCCAUCAGCGCCCAUGGGCGGCCUCGCGUUUAGAACAAGGAAUAGCCCCUCCCAGAAGACCUCGCUCCGGUGGGGCGACUGCUGCCCCCCGAAUCCCAACCCGCCGUCGUCGUCGGUCGUCUGGAAGGACCGUCAUCAGGACAUGCCGCCGGUACCCGUGUGAGGCUGUCCCCCGCUAUUGCGUGAUUGUACACCGCGGGGUCAUCAGAGGUAUCCAAACUUCUCGAAAUCCGAUCGACCGCCGAACCUCUCGGACUUGCGUCUCCGUCAGUUCGAGUUCACGCAGGUGGACCCGUACUCACCGAAGAUGAUCAACCUUGCUGGUAUAAUCUCAAUCGUUCUAUUCUACGUGCUGAUCCUAGGCGUAGGAAUAUGGGCGGCCAGGAAGAAAGAGGCCGGCAACGACUCCGAGGAAGAAGUCAUGCUAGCGGGUCGCUCAAUUGGACUGUUCGUCGGAAUAUUCACUAUGACGGCGACUUGGGUCGGCGGUGGUUACAUCAACGGCACCGCCGAAGCGAUCUAUACGAAAGGUCUCGUUUGGUGCCAGGCGCCAUUCGGAUAUGCCCUCAGUCUUGUCUUUGGUGGUAUAUUCUUUGCAAAUAAAAUGCGGGAACAAGGGUACAUUACUAUGCUGGAUCCCCUUCAGGAUGCGUUUGGUGAACGCAUGGGAGGUCUUCUGUUUCUUCCUGCCCUCUGUGGCGAGGUCUUCUGGGCCGCGGGUAUUCUGGCAGCUUUAGGUGCUACAUUAGCAGUCAUCAUCGACAUGAACCAGGGUACCUCGGUCAUCUUCAGCGCCUGUAUCGCUGUUUUGUACACUCUCUUCGGAGGUCUUUACUCUGUUGCUUAUACUGACGUUAUUCAGCUUUUUUGCAUCUUCAUCGGAUUGUGGAUGUGCAUUCCUUUCGCCUGGGCGCAUCCGAAGGUAGAGUCCCUUAGUUCCAUGGAGGUGGAUUGGAUCGGCGAGGUGAAGCGAAAGGAGUACUGGUCUUACUUAGAUUACGGGCUAUUGCUUAUUUUCGGUGGAAUUCCUUGGCAAGUGUACUUCCAACGGGUCUUGUCCUCGAAAACGGCAGGAAGGGCACAACUGCUGAGUUACGUGGCUGCGAUAGGCUGCAUCCUCAUGGCCAUCCCGCCCGUUUUGAUUGGAGCGAUCGCCAAAGCAACGCCUUGGAACGAAACAGGAUACAAGGGCCCUUAUCCUCUCACCGAGGCCGAAACAAGCAUGAUCCUACCGAUGGUUUUGCAGUAUUUGACACCAGAUUUCGUUUCCUUUUUCGGGUUAGGCGCAGUAUCAGCAGCAGUGAUGUCUUCGGCAGAUAGUAGCAUCCUUUCGGCUAGCUCGAUGUUCGCCAGAAACGUGUAUAAAUUGAUCUUCCGUCAGAGGGCGUCGGAAAUGGAGAUCAUCUGGGUGAUGAGAGCGGGGAUAGGCGUGGUCGGCGUGUUGAGCACGGUGAUGGCGUUGACGAUACCGUCGAUCUACGGACUUUGGUCGAUGUGCUCGGACCUGGUCUACGUGAUACUCUUCCCCCAGCUGUUGAUGGUGGUCCACUUCAAAGAGCACUGCAACACUUACGGGAGUCUGUCCGCUUACAUAAUAGCGUUCGUGGUGAGGAUCAGCGGCGGCGAGCCGAUGAUGGGACUUCCCGCGCUGAUUCAUUAUCCGGGGUACGACGAGGAGACGGACACCCAGGGGUUCCCGUUCCGAACGAUGGCGAUGCUGAUGUCGUUGAUAACGUUGAUAGGCGUGUCGUACGGCACGCAGGUGGCCUUUCUCACCGGCCGACUGGCUCCUGGCUACGAUGUCUUCAGGUGUGUCGUUAAUAUACCGGAGGACGUUGAAAGGGUCGGUCCAGACCCGGCGGAGGGCGAGCAAAUGGCUGUAUUGGCUGCCGGCGCCGGCAGGCUCUACGGCAGCAAAGACGAAUCGAACGGACGAGUCAAUCCUGCGCUCGAGCCGGACUACGACAUGGAGCCGGGAUACAAAGUUCCGGGGGCACCGGAAGGCGUCGUCGGCGGUGGCGGCGGGGGUGGUGCCGGUGUGCAGCUCGUCCCCCAUGGACCGAACGUGCCACGACAGCCCCAAUCCAGCACCGCGUUCUAAUUCCUGGUUCCGUGAUCGGAUGCUGUGACCAACAAUAAACGCGGCGGUGUAGGUCCGUAUUAUUUUCUCGUUUACCUUUUCGUUUGAUCGUCGACACGUUCACCACCGUACAGUCUAACCUUGAUAUCUCUGCGAUUCAAACGUGCUACUCGUCCUGGCACCCUUUAGAUUUCAGGCAAUCUUUGUCUGGAAGUUGGGUAAAUCGACCUACCAAAAGCUGGAAGACGGAUUUUUCCCGAAACUGAAUCGUUCGAAACAAUUUCUCUGUAAAGUAUUUCUUAUUAUUCGAAUAAUUCGUAAUAAAGGGACGAUCUUGUGUCCGAAACUUUGAUCUCUCAACUAAUCCGACGAAGAAAUCUCGUGGAAUUUUAUUCUUCAAGUCGGCGGUGUAUAGCAAGCACUGCGAAUCCGAUAUCGGGCCCUCUCAGUACCUCGCAAUUUUUUUUAUGUACGGCUCGAAAAUGUCCCGGAAAGUAUGCAUUUUAACAGACACUUUUUAAAAUUACCACAUUCUUCUUAAGAAUAAAUACAACUUCUUCCUCUUGUUUCGUUUGAUUGUGAGAUGUAGUAUCAUAUAAGAAAAAGAGAAAGAAUAUUUUUGAUAAAUUGAAUAGUUGUUUUUAACGAAAAACAAAGGUAUAUAUAUUUUUUAAUAAAAUAACAUAAACGGAGGGAUUGCGAUACGUCUUUAUACGCGAACGAAGCUGAAAACAUUCUCUCUGUGCUACUUUAUUACACUCGGAAUAUACAGUUUUUUUGUUCCUGAUCAGUACAAUACGAUUAGUACAAUUCUUUUUCUUUCGUUCUGAUCAUUUUCGAGUACAACUUAACGAGGAAUCGUUAAUGGCCGUAGGAUUGAGAUUUUUUACUUUUUUCUAACUUUUACACAAUUAUUUGGUUAAUUUCUUAUUGAAUUACUUCUCUUUGCACGAACGAAAAAAUAUAUAUAUAUAUAUAUAUAUUAUAAAUAUAUAUAAUUAUCUAUUAUAUACAUUAUAAUAUAAUGUACAUAAAUAUAUAUGUAUAUAUUUUGUACAAAGAGACACAAUAAGAAAUUAACCAAACAAUUUAAACAACUUUUAUACACUAAACAAGUAUAAAAAGUUCUAAAUUAUAGACUUUGAGAAAGUAAACCUUAAAAACAUUGGUUACUAUUCAAGAGAAUCUGUACAAAUAAUAAAAAUCACACAAGUAUUUCUAUUUAUACAUAUCCAAGAUGAAACAUAUUUAAACAUGCAUUUUCUUUUUUCAAGUAUGUCUUGCUCAAAGAAUUCAUUUUAUUGAACUUAAUCCCUUGUAUAUACAUUAUACAAUUGUACGAUAAUUAAAAAACCGAUCUUUUGGCUGUGAGGUACUAAGAGGGUUAAACAAUGAAAGGCAUUUCUUAGAAAAAUGUCUACGAUUCAGUUUUUCUUCUUACUGUAUACGGGCGACAAGACCUCUCGCUAAAGAGCUAGAAGAAUUGAUUUCGAAUGUGAGGUGGACAGAAAAUAAAGUUGUUCAAGACUUGGAAUUUAGUGAGAUUGAAAAUAGAAGUAGUCUCGAAACAAAAUUUUGGCCUCGUAGAAAUUUUCAAGGCUAGGUAUUAGGCUGGCAGUCAACGUGUCGAUUCUGUUCCAUUUCUCCAUUGUACCUGUCACUUCCUCCUCGGUAAGAGAUCUGUAUCUACUGAAAGAGUAUUUUUUCUAGAAAGGUAGACCCAACGAGCGAGGUUUGCAGGGCGACACGAACAUUGGUAAUGUUUUCCUAAUAUCCUCAUUCCGGUAAGACAGAGAUAGAGCAACUAUUCCAGUAAUUGAACAAUUGGGAACAAAUGUUCUGUUCCCUUGAAGUUAAUUAAAACAACGAUUUCCUUCAUUCAUUUCUAUAUUUUCAUUCUGACAGCAUUUCAUUCGCAUAUUUACUUCGUUAAAAUAAAUAGAAGUGAUAUACAUUUAUUUAAAAAAAAAAAAAAAAAAAUAUUUCUAUUGGAAAGUACCAAGAUGUCUCGAUAAAUGGACUAUCGAAAUUUACGAUGCAUCGAUGAUAGUACUUCGAAAAUGUUCUUAUCGUCCGCAACCCUCGUUGAAAUGAACACAUUGCGUGCUAACUAUAAUUAUAUUGUCUGUCUACGGAGAUUAGGUAUUUAAAAUAAAAUACAUUAAGGAUGUUUUACAUGUUUACCAAUAGCAUUAAAAAAAUGAAAUUUAUUAAUUUUAUUCAAGAUUUUUAUUAGAAAUACUACAAUUUCUAUGUUUGUUCCCGGACUACACCGAGAUGGCUUGACCAAUCGGGAUGAAACCUUUUGCAUCUUGCAGAGCAUGUCUCCCAGUUGGUUCCGCUAUCAAGACAUUUUGCGAUUUGUCAUAUGUUACCUAAUUUUUUCGCAAAAAUAUCGCAAAAACAGUACUGGUUCGCGUAUAUUCACGAAACCCCUUACAUUUUGCUGCCGGGCAGGUUUUCCCGAUGAUCACCAUCGCAAAAAUUUAUGAAUUUCAUUAUUGUUCAUAAUUAUCGUUAAAUUAAUGGUGCAAAAAACGAAUACAGAAGAAAGAAGCUACAACGAGUACCUAUUAAAUUUCAAACGCGUUCCGUUAGGUACAAAAGCGCGCAAUGUGUUAGGCCGAUCACACACGGCGCAACCCAACCAGUUUCAAAUCACUCUGAAAGUACACAGUUGCAUGUGACCGUGGAUCUAGGUAAAACAAAGACAGUGGAGUAGGUAAAACAAGGACACGCAAACGGUUUGCAACACUAAUUUCAAAUCGGUUGCGCCGUGUGCGAUCGGGCUUAGUCUCCCUUUUGUACUGUAAAAGAUACUCUUUCCAAAGUAUUGACCAGAAACGAAUGUUGGUUUGUUUUCUCGACAUUUGUUUAUGUUACUUCGAUUGCCCCCCUCGUCCCACGUCCGCAAUACUUCGAUUCAUCUACAAUCUACGUCGAUUCGCGUUCGUUCGAGGCAUUUCGUACGCUCCGUAAAAAAGUAAAUAAAAGCACGGCGGAGGGGAUGAAAUGGACCGAACGCGAACCAAAAACACAGCGCGGUACUUUUGAAAAUCGAAGUGUUUCGGAUAGUCGGGCGAGGCAGUUCCCCGCCUGUACCGCCAAUUAGGCCUAGUAAUCUCUUUGUUUCCCUUUUUGAGAAAUAUAUAUAUAUAUAUAAACAAAAAAUGGCGUCCAUGUAUAACUACUCGCGCGUACGCGGAUAAUUAUACAGGGGCGCGCAAUGUAUUUAGAGUUUAUCAAACCGCUUGAGAGAACUAACGUCGUCUGAUGCACGACCGAUCUGUUCCCGUUACGUCGAAAUAUUUCGGAUGAUCGCGAGUGUUUCGGGGAAAGCACGGAGCUGAAUCGAUUGUUAUACCUCGUUCCGUUAGAUAUUAGUUCGUGACGAGCGGUUGCGGGUGGACAGGAUAGGGUGUAUAUAGAGGAGCGUCGAGUUUCUAGAACGAGUCGAAUUAGGCGGAUCACGUUAUCAUUUGUUAGCCUUCUUCCACAAAAUCUGUUCCGCAUCCUUCGCCGUUCACGGUCACGAGAUAAUCGUCGUACGUUAGACGAAAGAGAAUUUCGAGAAAUCGAGAGGUGGAAGGUAGUAGCGAGACGAGACGCUUUUAUACUCGCGAUCGAUUGUUCUUCCCUUGCUUAAUCCGAAAGGAUAUACGUAUAGAUGAUACACACGGUACACAUGGACACGUUCCUUCAUACCAUAACGAAACGAAGUAACGUUAGACGUUAGGCAUUAGAUUGUCACGCAACCGUUCGUCGCGUUAGACCGAGACUUUUCGAAGGCUCGCGCGCGUACACGAGUCUCCAAACGCGUUUCAGCUUUCUUCGAUCCAGGACACGCGAACAACUAACACUUUCACGUUUAAUCGGCGAUGUAAAUAUAUGGAAACGCGGUGGCGACCGUCGCGAGUAAGUUCCUCAGCGUGUGCGCGGUUAUGGCAACGGACACCGCAAUUCCACAGCUGCGCGCGUCAAUGGUACUCGUUCGAUGCUAGUCCAUUCAUGCGACCGUGAACGAUUAACGACGAUCAUGUUUCAAAUGCAGCGAGUAACGUUCGCGUACUUUCCGAUCUUUACUAUAUCGUUUUAUAAUUUUUAUUCGAUACGAGAGAUAAAGUAAUCGAGGUGUAUCUUGUAUCGCCGAGUUAAUGACAGUAUAAAGGCUUCUUUUUUUUUUUUUCAUUGAACAGUAUAAAGUUCGUGUAUUUAAUUCGUUAUGUUUUUGUAAAGUGAACAUUAACGAUGUCUAAUUUUUAUGUAAGCAUUAUCUCGUCACAAGAGAUUAAUUAAUCGAGAUGUAUGUUGCAUUGAAUGUAUUUCUAUGUAUUCACGAAUAUUUAAUUCAUUUAUAUAUAUACAUAUAAGUAUUAAAAUAUAAAUUAAAGUAAAAUUAUUCAAUUGGAAAUUAAAUGUAAUUAUUAUGCUCCAUUAUGCGCAUAUACAUAUGGAGCAUAAUAAUUACAUUUAAUUUCCAAUUGAAUAAUUUUACUUUAAUUUAUAUUUUAAUACUUAUAUCAAUAAGAUUAAAAAAAUCAUUGAUGCUUGUUUAAGCACCGACUUAACAAGAGUAUAAGGUUCAUGCAUAUAAAUCAUAACGUUUCUUAUGAAAUAAGUCUCAAACAAAACAAUGUCCGAUUUCGUCGAUGCUUCUAUUUAUCUUUUCUUUCACUCAUAUUAAUUAGAAAUUUUUCUUUACGUUACUUACGUUUAUAUCCAGAGUACGUAACUCGAUUUGAUCUAUACUUUACGUUUAAUUAGAAACUUAGAAAAUUAUAGAAAGAGAACAUAUCAAAGUCGCGUUUAUUUACAAAAACCAGAACACUAAUUAAGAGUUUCGCCAAGCGUUCAAAUAUCAAAAUAAUCGUUCUCACAGGAAACAUCGUAAAUUAGAUGAACGAACUUUACACUUCCGAUAACUGGAGUCGAUCAUUCUCAUCCUUCGUAGCGGCGCAAAGUUAUAAACGACGAAGUAAAGAGUGCGGGGAGUUCGAGUUUUAAAGUUGCUCGUUGUAAGUUCCUUAGCGUGUGUGCGGUUAUGGCAACGAACACUUCCGUUCCACAGCUGCGUGAAUGGUAUAAGAGUUUUGUGGAAUGCUAGUUCAUUCAUGCGACCAUGAACGAUUAACUACGAUUAGGUUUCAAAUACGACGCGUGAGUCAACGGAAGAUCUUUCAGACGGAUCGGCCGUCGCACAGAUUCGUUGUGUUUAUUAUAUAGUAUAUACAUACAUAUAUAUAUAUAUAUAAAUAUAAAUAAAUAAAUAUACAGUGUAUUAUAUAAUCGACGUAAUUGGCAUUGAAUCGAGACGAAUGAUUUAGCGUUAUCAAAGAGGAAGGUCGGAUCUCUCUAUACAUAUACAUAUGUACACAUUAUACAUACACACGAGAAGACUAAUACCGUAGUUGUUAACAUCGCAGAUACGAAUUAUCGCCACCCAUUGUUAAUUUUUAGGAUUUAUUUAUCCUAUCGUUUGAACAUAGCAGUGUUCUCGCUGACGUCUCGCGUUAAUGUCUACGUAGCAGCGUUAUUGCUCAUCGUAGUUGCUCAUCCCAUUGUUCAUAGUCGACAGAGACAUUGUUCAUAGUUUAAAGGUAACAGAGAAAUGUAAAUGAUUCGCGUACGUAAUUAUUAAACGAGUAGUUCCUACUCACCAUCCAAAUUUCAUCGUUUCGAUAGAGAACACGGGAAAUACGCGAUUAGAGAGUGCGCAGGGAUUAGUCAAAAUAAUAUGGGCACUUACGAAUUCGAUUGUCAAACCUGGUUGCGGUUCUGCGACUACGAGAACGGGAUAUCUUCGUAUUCGGAUGGUCCUAUCGUUAAGGACCUUGUUCUAUGUAGAUGAUCGGUUUUAUAUUAUUGUUUGCAUAUUGUUUUUUGAAAUGAUAAUUUACCAUUUGUUAAGGCGAUAACGCUUGUACACUGAAAUGUUCAGUCUUAGUUCAAGAAUCGUAAAGAUGAGCUAUAAUAUUAUUGCUUACGGUUAACCACUUUAUUGUGGGAGUAAUUGAAAGACGUUUCGAUAGGAAAAGUUAGAGAAAAUUCCACUGAAAACUAUUUCAAGAAGAAAUGAUUUCAAAGUUCGUAUGGUUUUUAUGAACAUUUCGAAACGUUUUUCUUUUUAUACGGCAUUUAAUUUUAGGAGCCCCGUUAAAGGGAAAUGGUGGCUCAAUCCCUAACGAAUAAAACAAUAUAGCGUAUUUCACACGUGUUCCUAAUACUUUGUCUAACUCCUGUGAACGAAACCUUCGAAGUAAGUUCCAUUUCUACCGUUUUCGUUAAUAUUUAUUCAUGGGAUACUCGCGCGCGAUCUCGAGAUACCAAAGUCACUGACUCUAUGGGAAAGAUUGUUUUUCAUUAGGGACUUGCUUGCAAAUAUUCUCCAUCCAUCGUUUUGUGAGAAUUAACCCUUUUAGCACCGACCCAAAGAACACGUGGCCGAGCUAAACUAACGCAGUUCGGUAUGGUUUCGAAGAAUGGUAUAAAUUUCGUUUAAAACGAUAAUUACAAAAUUUUAAAGUUAACGUGUUGAGGAAUAAAAUAAAAUUAAUCAUCGACUGAGUAUUUCAAUAUUUGUUGAAAAUUAUGUAGAAAAUUCGAAUCAUAAAAUCGUGAAUAAAAAGAAUGGUCGCUCGAGCACAAGUUAAUGCGAAAUAUAAAUUUAUAAUACAAAACAUGGAGAACGUAUGUUUAAUUCUUUAAAUAUUAUACAUACGUAUAUUGUUUACUACAAUAUUAGAAGACGGUACUCUUGUUACUUAAUUAUACAUUGCAAGUCAAUCGAAUUAUUCACAUUGGAAUUAUAAUGCAACGUCGACGCCAGAAAUACGAAGUAAUUCCGAGUUAGUAAAUUCCUCCAGAAUUCAUUUGCAACGAUAUAUAGUCGUCGAUAUUUUCGUUAAUAAUUAAAAAACGAAGCACCAUCCGACAAUUUUCCAAAGGAAAUCGUCGUUCAGAUUCGUCUCAGCUACCCUCAUUUCCGGUUCUCGCACUAAUUCUGGGACAUAUAUCGUUUAAUAUCAGGAGAGACUACUCUUAUUACUUAAUUAUGCAUCACCAGUCAAUCGAAUUAUUCACAUUGGAAUUACAAUGAAACGUCGACGCCAGAAAUACGAAGUAAUUCCGAGUUACUAAACUCUUCCAGAAUUCAUUUACAACGAUUGUAUCGUCGUCGAUAUUUUUCCUCGAGUGUAAUCGACGACGAUAUAUAAUUCUCUAAUACCGAUAGAUAAACAUUUAUCUACCUGUCGUCACCAAAAGGGUUAAUUCGAACAAUCAGCGACGCAACGUUGCACGUUGAAUUUGUAUUUCAUUGUUAUCGUUCCACCCCGCCCUCCCCGCCCUAAAGAACGAUGAAAAGUUAUCAGUCGUACAGCGAACGAAACGCCGUCAUCUGGCACGAGAGAGAUCAGCAAAGGAGAAGCGAAUUCGUUGAACCUGCCAAUUUGGAAUGAUCUUCUUUUUCGUGACGCGGUAGAGGAUGAAAGUAACGACGACGUUUCCGGACGGAAGUAGCUUUUUAGCGCGCAACAGUAUAGGAGACGUGUCGCUUGUUAAGCUGGGUGCUUUGCGCGACGGCGAAGGUGAAAUUACGUUCAGACAGUUGAUGACAGAGAGGAGAGAAUGUUUUCAGCGCAUCACGACGCGGUACGCACACAUACAGUCUGUUCAAUAACGCCGUGGAUGUUUCCUAACAAAUCUAUUUUUUAGUUGAAACUUUUAUACAGAUUGCAAGUAUGUUUAAAUCAUCGAUAAACUUUUCUUUAAUAACGAAUUCUAUUUCUCUCUUUACCGAUUAUUCUCUCUCUCUCUCUUCGCAACUUUUCUCUAUACUUUCGAAUUCGUCGAAUGAAUUUUGAGCGUUCGCUAUCAGUGUUAAAAUUCGCGUUUAUAUAUCACGAUUGAAUUGAUUCUGAAGACUGGGAUGGCCGUUCCAACGCAUCGAUACUAUUUCCGACUUCCAACUCGCUGUGAAGACGGCCAUCGCGAUGCUUUAGAUCGUUAUCCUUUUGAAUUUAAUCAUUUUUAUUGGCGUCCAAAGUGUCGAAACCGCGAACACUGAAAGCGCGAAAAGUAGAUUCGUUGUUAAGUAACCCUCCAAUCAUUUUCGCACCGUUUGUGUGUCAAUAGAAGAAAACAAUUUGAAACUGUUUAACUACGUAUAUUGACGCAAUCGUUCCUUCGUCGGGUAAUCAGACAUCCGAGGCAUCGCGUCCAUGUUCUUAUUGAACGAACUGUAGACGCGCAUCUUCCGUUUAGUUUCGUUCGACUGUUCUCGGACAGAAGACUUUCACUCGAGUCGGCCGAUCGAACCGUGUUGCCCCGCGGCGACGAGAAGACGAGAGGACGGGAACAACAAUUAUUGUUAUUACAUUUCCAGCAAGGCUACUUUAUAGCAGGUAACCGCGCGCGGCUAUCUCCCUUUUACGACGAGAAACUGAAUUAGACGACCGUAAACUGUUUCUUUGUCAGUGACCGAAAUUGCACGUUGCGAAGAUUGAAGGAACAAUUAGUCAGCCAAGGGAUAGCGAAAUUAAUGAUUCCGGGUUCGUUGUAUCUCAUCGAUUUCCAGCUCGUUGCCUGAUGAGAGAUCUCGAUGAGAUACCGUGGAAGCUGCACCGCGAAACGACAUUGAACCAGUGACGGAUUCUAUUAUAGACCGACGAUCGUCGACCAUUUUUGACCCUGGCUCCGGAAUUCACGAACGAUAUUCAUUUGCGACGCUCGCGAGGCUUUUACAAGCUAUCAAUAAAAUUAUUUGGGAAUGGGAGACAGAAAUGAAAGUAUUAUUAACCUCUUGCUUAUUAUUAACUAUUAUUAACGAUUUACUGUAGGAUCGUGAGUGCCAUAAUCAGGUAUAAAAUUCCUCGCGCCUUUUCGUACGAUGUGUCUGACUAGUGCUUUCAUAUUCUACUAAAAUUGGACUCCUCGAGUCUCGCAGGUUGUUAUAGGUUAAAGGGUUAACCUCUUGUCCUACGACUUAAAUUCCAAUAGCGUGUGCCAGAAAGAAUAAUUAUAAAGAAAUCGUGAGUAAACAAGAAGGGUACUCAUCAGGAAAUUGCGAGAAAAGUGUUCAUUUGUUUGUGGAGGCUAUCCUUGUACAGUUUCUCAUUGCUUGUUUCAAUAAAUCACAAAAACUCAAGUGAAACAUAUAUAAAUGAAAUGAUAUAUUAAAUUAAACAACAAACGAUGAGGACUAAUAAUCGUGGCAGAUGUAUCACAAAAGGUUUGUUAUCUUGAUAUAGAUAAUAAAUCAUAUAACAUUUAAAAUUUAAUUUAAUUUAAUUACAAUUACAUUUAAUUAGAUACAGAUACCAUUUAAUUACAAUUUCUGAAGAAAUUCAGAUCCUCGAAACUCAGUGUCGUUAUUUAUCAAUGAUACCAGAAGUACAAAUCUUAGUUGCUCUAAACAUAUAUUAACCCAUAAAUGCCCCAAGUUUCAAAUUUGAUACCGGACUUUUAAAUCGAAUUGUAAUUGGUUUGUUGCACUUGCAAUUGGUUUGUUUUUAAUAUUUGACUGUAUGUAUGUUACCACUGCAUAAUGUUCCUUUAAACAAAAGUUAAAGAAAUAACCGUCAACUAUCACACUUAUUCAAAUAAUAAAUACAUUGAUACUGUUUAAAAUUUAAUUUGGAAAAUCAGGCUUCUAAGGGUUAACGUAGCUUAAUCGAAACUUUACACGAAAUAUUUUCAAUUAUUUUGAAUCAUUUACAAAUUUGAAUCUGACCGAAAGAACACCAAAAGAUUGAUUUUCUAACGGAUGGGACCUCUAUGCAUCCACUUUCUUUUAUUCGUUACAGAGGUAUCGUUGAAACAUCCAAAAUAACAAUCGAUAACAAAAUAAAUCUAAAUAACGCACCACGGAGUCAUAAGACCAACUCAAUGAAACUAACAACUUCAAAAAUGAUUUCCAUCCGUUUGUACAUUUUUACCGUUCGAAGUAUCGCAUUCAAAACACAUUCAAGCCUCGCGCAACCAAUUAAAGCUCGAUUUAAGUAAAUAUUGAGCGACUCGAAAGAGAAGAUCAUCCUCGCUCGAAUGUCAGGUCACCGCGAAUAUGGGAUCCGUAACUAUUUCGUUCGACCAUUUAUAUUUCUACGAUCGAGACGACACUUGGUUCGGUACGCUGCGUGAAAGGGAAGGAGAAACUCGUAGCAUGUAGAUGGAUGCUGUUUCGUAGAUGAGCCGGUACCAGACUAACCUGACUCACUGUAGCGGCAUAAAUGUUAAUCAUAAAGCGGCCACGGACGCUUACAUAUCAAUAAACGCGCAUUGCAACCAGCAAUGCGACGAGAAACCUAUACAUAUCAUGAUGCGUGUUCUAUAUAUAUAUAUAUACUUCUAUAUAUAUAUAUAUAUAUAUUAGGUAUAUUAGCGUGUAAGAUAGGAAAGUAAAUAAGAAGAAAGCGUAAUUAAAAAAAAGAUGAGAAGUAAGAGAAAUACGACAUGUAUAUAAGUCCUACACACACGCACACAACACACAUACACAUAUAUACAUAAACAUACAUAAAUAUAUAGCGUUUAUCCUCUCGUCAAAGUGAUCGAUAGAGUCGUAACUCGGCCGAAUUAGAAGAACACCUGAAAUUUUCCGAGAAAGAAAGGGUGUUCCUCUAAUUUCUCUCGCUCGAGUCUAUCGUCCAGCGACGCGGCCGGAAAUGAACAAACGAUACAAGUCUCCCGCGUGUAUCGCGAGCGAAACGACGAUAAACGCGCACGAACGACGGGCUGCCUGAACGCCGAACGCAAAAGGUUCGAUUCGAGUUGGCCGGUAAUUGCGAACUUACUAAAUAAAUUCCAUUCUUACGGGAUGCUAAUGUUCUUCGACUACCCGCCUGCUUCAAAACCGAAUCGCGUACCUACUCUUAUUGUAACCCCGCGUCCCGAUCUCGCGAGCUCCGGGACGUCCUACCUAUCGUAGAGUAUUAUUACGUGUAAAGGUAAACAGAAAACGCCCGAUGUACCCCGUAAGAGUAUAUCCAUGUAUAUGUAUUACGAAAGCGUUAACCGGUAUUGUAUUAUACGACAUACUAUACGUGUAUAAUUGAGACACUGAACGCGAUAUGUUGAUUGUAAAUGUUAAAAAUAAACAGCGUACGAAAAAGAA